GAGCCGUUUCGGACCGCAGCAACACGUGCGAGCAGUCCCGACCCCUGCGAGCUCCCAGCACACAGUAGCACACUGCUUGGCUCUGCUCAGCGGUGCUGCGGCGCGCCGUACGCCAUCGACGCGAAGAGUUCAGAGACAUCGAGGCUCCGAAAAGGACGCCACCGACGCGCCUGGGCGAAUGACGCGCCGCCAGAGCCGCCUCCUCGCCACGACGACCCUCGCCGCGACGCUCCUCUGGUUGUUGAUCGCGCCGGCACAGACAUCGAUGGAGCUCGCCGGCAUUCGGGCUCUGGUCGACAACGAGAUCGAGGUCGUCUACCAGGCACCCGCAUCGACGCCGCGCGGCGUCCUGUUGAUCCUGCACGGCUGCAGCCACCGCGCGACGGACGCCUGGCCGAAAUCAGAAAAAUGCCCGGAAUGCACGGGUCUGCCGAUCGAAACCAGAGUCGUCGCCGCAGCUCUCACUAGAAACUGGGCCGUCGCCGCCGUCACGUCCCACAACCGCCGGAGCGGCUGCUGGUCGCAGCGCGACGUCGAUAGGAUCGCCAAGGCCACGGGUUAUGUACGACGAGUCACGAACGCGGGCCCGGCCACCGUCUCGCUCGGCGCGUCGUCGGGCGGGUCCAUCGCCGUGCUCGUUCCUAAUGCUGUUGCGUGCGUCGCCCAGAUUAUGGCAAGUCCAUUGGAACUGGACGCGCGGCACCCUCCUGUGAGAUUCGUGCACAUGGCCCGCGAUACGCAUCGCGCGGCGAUGAUCCACCAUCAAGUCUCAACGCUGCGCGACCGCGGCGUCGACGCGGCCGAGUUGAUUGUCGAGCCGGAGCCCCUGAGCGCCGAUGCUUUAUUUCGCCGCGGGGCCGGGCCCGGCGGCGCGGUGCUGCCCUCGCGCGAGAUGGCGGAGCGGGCGUUCCAGGCGCUCCGCGACGGCGGCUUCGUCGACGCGGGUGGCAUGCUCGUGGACGACCCGCGGCGCACGAACUGGCGCGACGCCGUGCGGCCCGUGGUCCCGGAGGCCGUCGACUCGCUCGUCGCCGACGCGUCGCCGGUCUCCGAAAUUCUGAACGUGGCCUGGGCGCGGCACGAGUUCACGGACGCGCGCCUCGAGGAGAGCCUCGAUUGGCUCGGUGCGAAGGCUUCGUCGGCGGCGUCGCGGGGGGAGCUGGCGUAGG